AGGAACACCCAGAACGGUCGCUCUCCCCCGGCCCCGCCGAGAUGGACACGGGCUGCCUCCAACCACCCUGCAACCCCUCCUCGUCGGAGGCGUCGGGAGGCGACGCCUCCGACGCCUGCGGCUCCGCCUCUGCCUCCCGGUCCUCCUCCGCCCGCCGCAGCAAGGGGGUGCGGCUCCGGCUCCGGCUGCGGCGAAGGCGGCAGGAGCCGGGCCCCGCCGCUACGCCUGGGGGUGAGGGUCAGGGUGGCGCCGGCGUGCAGGUGCAGGACGACCUCGCGCUGCCCCUCGGGAUGUCGUUCGCGGCCGUCCUCGCGCAGGUUGUGAAUACAAAGAAUCGUUCAGGCGAAAGAUUACAGCCUGCACUUCUUUCCAAGAUCUGUACAUCGGCAGUGAAGGAAUCAUUGAGAAAUAUAUAUGGUAACAAGUUAGACAGUUUUAUGAGAAACUUUGAGAAAUCAUUCAGCAGCACAUUGACAACGCUUCAUCUUGUUAAUGAGAUGCCUGUCUAUGGACAAGGUCCAGUUCCUCAAUGUUCUUCUAAGCAUGAAGACUCUGAAGCUUCAAGCAAGUUGAGCACUGGUGGUACACAAAAUCUAACGCGUGAAAUCAAGCAGGAGCGUUUGAAUUCAGUGGAAAGUCAGCUUGUUCUUUAUGCUGGCGGCUAUCAGCAGAUGACUCGCCGCGCUCAUAGCUUAUCUUCUCCUGAAGCUGAUCAGCGCAUCCUUAAUGCAUUUGAGAGAUCUUUGAAAGAACAAACUCGGUCAAAUGAGCUCAAGGAAUUUGAGAUAAGCCUUAGCAUGAGAAAGUUGAAGCUAAAACAGUCUCAACUAGAACUUAACUCCUAUUCACACAUGUUAGACAAGAUUAAGUUAUCCUUGGGAUUUCAGAAAGCUUCCUUCCAAGUGGAAAAAUUCAAGACUCAGAUGCAGGACACGAGGCAUGCACAAAUAAUGAGGACACUCAUAGAUUUUCUUGUUAGUGCAGUGAUUAUUAUGUCAGUAUGCUUUGGGUAUGGAACUUAUACUUAUUCAUACCAAAGGAUAACUGAUAUUACAGCAGCAUGUUCAGCCACUUCAAAGGGAUCUAAAUCAUGGUGGAUGCCAAAUUCAGUGUCAAACUUCAAUACUGGGUUGCUCUUCAUAAGAUGUCAUGUAAUAGCUGCAACACGGAUGUUCUUUGGUAUAGUAAUGAUUUUGGCAGUUGUUUGGUUAGCGUUCCAGCGCUCUGCGGUGUCUGUAUCAAGUAUGCCAGUAACUUUUAACAUCAUUCUGUUGGGAGUUAUUUGUGGCUACGCUGGAAGGUUCUGUACCAACACACUUGGUGGUGAUGGGAACAUGUGGCUUAUAUGCUGGGAGGUACUUUGUUCCGUCCAUUUGAUUGGAAAUUGUUAUCCAUCGGUCUUGUACCGUGUUCUCCAUGGUCCUAUAUCUGUAUCUCAUAGCAAGGAGUCUGUCUGGUUCCCGUAUUGGAUUCGCCGUUGGAUGUUUUAUGCUGUGCUGGGGUUUUUUAUCCCAGCCUUGAAUGGCUUACUGCCAUUUGCUUCUCUUUCUGACUGGAAUAACCAUUUCACUAAGGAGCUAAAAUCCAUCUUCAUUGAUGAGAGAAUCGAAGCCUGAAUGAAUCAUGGAUGCAACAAUUGGUGCAGUGUUGUCCUUUUUGUGCCAGCGGUGCAGCCAAAGGAAAGCGAGGACUGAAUGAUCUUUAGCUGCAACUAGUGCACAAUGUCAAUGAUUUCUGAGAAAUGAAAUGGUUCUGUUUGAGAAGCGAUUCAGAAGUUCAGCUUGGUGUUGUCUCAAGAGAAUAAUAUAUGGGAUGGAAGUUAUAGGCACCGUUCAAGGAAUAAGUUGACUGUACACUACUGCAGGAGACGCUAGCAUUUUGAUCCAACUCAACGUGCUUUCAUCAGUGCCUCCUACCACCGCAGUCAAAGCUUCAGAUGAUCUAGGAUUUUGACUUUUGAGAUCUUCGUGUCUCUUCGACUUCAAAUGCCUCGAUUUGCCCUAGGCAUUUUAUGAUGCAAGUUUACAUUACAGUUCAGCGUGUAGGCAGGUUCACCACCAGUUGGAAAUUCUGUUGAAUUCGUUUUUGUUGUCUUUGUUGUAGCUCGAUAAUUUGUUUUUUUCACUGUAAAUAUCAAGAGCCGUUUAUCUGGUACUGGCUGCUUACUCUUUGUGGUUAGUUUAUGUGCAUGUUAUCUCCGGGCUUGAGAGAACACAGCCUGAUGUUGUACUUGUUCAGUGUGUUCAUGUAUUGUAAGUGCACUUGCAUUUAAGCCCAAAAACUAAUGUAAGAUUUUGAUGUGUAC